AUGCAUCCGUUCGAUAACGUAUUUGUGCCGUUGCCCAGGUAUCGCAUAGCCAUUUGCAGUUCGUGCCACAACGCCGUAUUCCCCAGUUCGAUCAAGACGCACGUUAAUACACACCAUUGUUAUUUACCAGUACGGCAUCGGCAACAGAUCAUCCAGCGAGCGGUAGAAUUGGAAAGACGCGGCAUUUUAGGGUCAGAUGUAAGCGGAAUCCAGUUCCCAAGCCCGGGGGAUCCCGCCGUCCCGGGUUUGCCAGUUUGGCCCGAUGGAAAGAAGUGCAUAGUUCCCGGACCAGACGGCCACCCGUGCGGCCAUAUCCGGCGGACGUAUCGCGGCAUACAAGCGCAUUGCCGAGACGCACAUGGUUGGACCAACGUGCGCGCACGUGGAAGGCCGUCGGCCGGUGUUUCACCAGGCGGCGAAGGGGACGUAUGGGUCGACAGCAUACAUUGCCAACAAUUCGGCAAGACGGGCACGUUGCAGCGGUUGUUCGAAGUGACGCCAGCACAAGCAUCCACAUCGACAAUGGAAGGCAGCGUGCAUCAAAGCCAUCCGGACUCAGCAAAGCAGAUAUUAGCCCAGUUUAACGAGUUGGCCAACACCGUCAAAGACAACGACCAAAAAGCGGCGGCGGUGAUCGGCGAGCAGUCGAGGUUUUCCGCCAACAUGUGGGUUCGCCGGACCGGUUGGCCCCGGCAUUUACAAGGAUUCGACCGCGAGUGGUUGGCCGGCACCGCACAGCCACGAGACCCGGAAGAACGGGAGGAGAGGAAUCCAAGGAAUACAGAAGACAAAGGUAAGGACAAAGGUAAGGACGAAGGAGCGGCAACCGAGAAGGCGUUAGCCCGUGUUUUAUUGGCGGUAGAACGGGUUAUAUGGCGGGCCCAGCGUGCAUCCCGGGUCGAGAUAGUUGGGUCGACGGCCAUCAAUUAUAUCAGCAGGCGUGGGCGGGUGGUGAUUCGAACGAAAAGCCGUUUCACGCAGAGCAAAAGGGCCAGACGAUGGAACGGUACACCGAAUCGUGGAAGGCGGUAG